AGCCAAAAGAUAUCUUCUAAUUGAAGUGCUACUUUCACUCUCAUUUCCACACACAAACUAACACAAUGGACCAAUUCUAUGAAGAGGUUCAAGAGCCAGUGAGUCCUCAUGGACAUUAUUUCAACAGUUCGGUGAUAUGUUCCUAUGUUUUUGGCUUUCUUGAAAUGGCAGUUCCAAUUGAUGACUCACAGACUAUACCUUUGCUUGAAGAUGUCUUCCUCCCCAUCAACCCACGUUUCUCCUCUAUUAUGAUCAGAGACCAAGCUGGUAAAAUGAGAUGGAAAAGGGUGCAAGUGAAUCCUGAAGAGCAUGUAAAGGUUCCUAGAUUUCCUGAAUGCAAUUCAGCAGAAUUGUAUGACCAUUAUUUUGAUGAAUAUGUGACAAGGAUUCUAAAUGAACGGACACCUCAGAACAAGCCACUAUGGGAAGUCCACCUUAUUAAGUAUCCAACAAGCAAUGCUGCAGGCACAAUAAUUUUCAAAUUUCAUCAUUCGCUUGGAGAUGGUUAUUCCCUCAUGGGUGCCCUUCUUUCUUGCCUUCAAAGAACUGAUGACCCUUCUCUUCCACUUACUUUUCCUUCAAGAGUAUCAUCAAAUCCGCAGCAUGCAAAGAAAACCAUGUUUAAGAAGUUACAUUCAGUGAUAUCCUCCUUUUUUAGCUCCAUGUUAGAUUUUGGAUCUAGCGUAAUAAAGGCAAAAAUGAUUGAAGAUGACAAAACACCCAUAAGGUCUGGAUAUGAAGGAACUAAGCCUCAGCAUUUCACCUUGUCAAACAUAUCAUUAUCUCUUGAUCAUAUCAAAGCAAUCAAGUCCAAUCUUGGAGUGACAAUAAAUGAUGUGAUAACUGGGAUAAUUUUCUAUGGGAUUCGGUUGUACAUGCAAGAGAUUGACUACAUGACAAGAAAAGCAAAUUCCACAGCUUUGGUGGUGCUCAACACAAGGAAUAUUAGAGGGUACCAAUCAGUGAAGGAGAUGCAAAAACCAAAGGUCAAAGGUCUAUGGGGGAAUAAAAUUUCUUUCUUACAAAUACCAAUUCCAAAGCUAGACCAACCCAAAAUCUCCAACCCUCUUGAGUUUGUUUGGAAUGCUCGUAAACAAAUCAAGAGAAAGAAACAUUCUUUCAGCGUUUAUCUCAUAGGUCUGCUUUUGGAUUUGGAGAUGAAAUUAAGAGGCCCUGAGGUUGCAUCUAAAACCUUCUACAAUACUCUGGGAAACUGUAGUGUUCUUAUAUCCAACAUGUUUGGGCCAUUAGAGCAAAUGGCUUUAGCAAAUCAUCCUGUAAGAGGUGUUUAUUUCGCCAUGUCUGGUGGACCUCAGAAUGUAAACGUAGCAAUUAUGAGCUAUGUGGGAGAAUUAAGAAUCACCUUGAAAACUCUAAAGGGAUUCAUAGAUGAACAGAAAUUCAAGUUUUGCAUUGAGAAAGCCUUUGAUGAAAUAUUCAAAGAUGCUAUGGAGAUCUAUGAGAUACCCAACAAAAAUUAAUUGGGACAUAUGCAAAUACUGAUCUGUGGUGGUGCAGUUUGUAACUUCGGAAUAUUCUACGAACACUGUUUAUUUUUCCUUUUUGUUGAAUGUCCAUUGAUCAUAUGAAUUUUAAUUGUAUGCUUAUAUAUAUAUGUUGAUUGUAAUUUCGCCCCGCAAAUUUCAAUAUCAUAUUAUAUAUGUUUGCUUAUUUCGGUUUAAGGUUUAAAUAAGAUAUUUAAAAAAAAAUUAUUUGACAUCA